AAAAAGCAAUGCAACAAGACGAUAGUGAUGAAUCCUGUACAAAUGUGAUAAAGACGAGAGGAAACUGCAGCAUAGUUCGAAAAUUUGUGUGACUAUAAAAAAUAUAACCUAAUAAAGCAUUGCAGUUACAUAUAUCUGAAAUUAAACAACGGUAAUAAAUUCAAAUAAUAAGUAAUUUGAUUAGUAUUUAAUGAACAGUUUGGAUGUUGUUGAUAACAGCAAUUGUUUGAAGCAUUCGCUUCCCCAAUGCUAAAUCUAUAUUUAAAAAUAACACAGAGCCAUCUAAAAAGCCUGGUAUUAUUUUCAUAUUAGCGAAAUGUAUUCAUUCACUGAUGCUUCAGCUAUAUAAAAAUGCAACCAAGCUUUGAUGGAUAGUCUUUUUUUUAGCGAAAUUACCGAACAAUGAAAUUUUUGGUGGUCUUGGGUGCCAUACUUGGCUUAGCAUCAGCACAAUCAGCUGCUCAGAUGAAGCUUAUAAUGAGGCUCCACAAUGAAUGCAAAGAGUUAACAGGAAUCAAUGAUGCUUUAGCAUCUGGAAUAAUGACAGGCACAUUUCCAGACGACGAAACUCUGAAGAAACAUCUCCUCUGCAUUUUCAAAAAAUCCGGAUCUAUGAGCGAAGAUGGAUAUAUUCAGGCGGAUGUUGCACAGGUGGUGUACGAAGCCGCGUUAAAAGAUGAAGAUAAGGCAGCAGAAAUUGUAAAAGCUUGCGCUGUGGACAAGGAUACUCCCGAAAAUACUGCGUUGGAAAUGGCCAGAUGUUCCUGGCAAAAGACAAAAGGAGGUGUAUAAUUUCCUUGAUGUGAUAAUCGAUGCUGAUUUGAUUCUGAUAUACUGUCACCUUUUCCAAUAAUAUGUGCACUCGAUCAAUUA